ACAUCAACACAUUUGGGAACUGGAAAUUGAAAGUGUCUGGGAUCUACACUCCUUUUUUUCGAUUUUCCAUCGUAAAUUCCAACCGGGGUUUGCUACUCUUUGGUACUCGCAGCCUCGUAAAUACCUCCCUUGGUCCCAUUGCUGCCGUGCCUGCUUGAACCAACAUGGUCUGAUCCGCUAAUACGUCCUGAACGUUUCUCGUCAAUGCUUCAGGGAGUACGCCAAUUGCAUUGGCUUCAAGAAGCUGAAUUAAAUAUACGUUUCAUUCUUUGGCGUCAAUCUUUAAGCAUAUUAAUCUUAGUAGUCGAUUUCGAGGGAUUACGUCUAUUA